AUUGGACAACGUCGGUUUUUUUCUUUAAAAAGGAAACGAGUUGGUAGCUUCGCCCACUGGCCACGGUGGUGGUUGGAUAACGUCGUUAAGUCCGUUGGUAAUACUGUAAAAUCAAGGAGUCGUACCCGCUCUCAUGGCCUCCAUCAGCGGCGGCAGUCUUCUCGUCGACUCUUUGGUCUCACGUUUCACUGCCAAAGCUUUUCGCGCGUUCCCCAACUCCCUCACGACGUCGCGUCCACUUCGAUCCGCCCCCAAAGCUAUUCACGAAAUCCUCACUUCUCGCAGCGUAUCUGUCUCUGCAGCCUCAGAUGUCUUCACUUGGGACGACGUCGUCCGGAUCUCCAAACCGGAUGCCCUUCAGGACGACCCUUCAGAUCUCAAAGGCUACUCUGACAAGAUCAAAAUCUGCAAUCGCGGACUGGAAUCUCAAUCGGAGUUCAUGCCGUUUGUGAUUGAGGACCAAAUUAUUGGUUACAUUCACAAUGGUUUUGCUGAGAAGUUACAUAGUUUCAAGGACGUGUUUGUUUUCCCGCCAGAAAAUUCAAAUUCUGAUGAUGGUGGCGGCUCAAUGACCUUGCAUUCUUCACUGCGCACGGCGGAGGAUAGGACGCGAGCGGUGGGAGAUGUAAUCAAAAGCUUAGGGGAAGAAGAACUGAUUCCAGGUAUAAGAAAUGAGCUAUACCCGGUGGCAUCAUCCUUUGGGGCACCCAUAUGUUUCUCUCUAGAACGUGCUGCUGCGCCUUAUUUCGGAAUAAAGGCUUAUGGAGUGCAAAUGAAUGGCUAUGUUGAAAAGGAUGGCCAGAAGUUUCUAUGGAUAGGGAAGAGAAGCCAACAGAAAUCCACUUAUCCAGGGAUGCUUGAUCAGCUCGUUGCUGGGGGACUGCCUCACGGGGUUGCAUGUGGGGAAAAUGUUGUAAAGGAAUGUGAAGAGGAAGCCGGAAUACCCAGACCCAUUUCCAGUGUAGCUGUACCAGUUGGAGCUGUUUCUUAUAUGGACAUUGAUGGGUAUAGAUACAAAAGGGAUGUUUUGUUUUGCUAUGAUUUAAAGCUUCCUGAGAGUUUCAUGCCAAAGAAUCAAGAUGGAGAGGUGGAGAGCUUCAAGUUGAUUCCAGUGACUCAUGUUGCAAACAUCAUACGGAGGACGCAAUUUUUCAAGCCAAAUUGCUCUCUCGUCAUCAUUGACUUCCUUUUUCGACACGGUGCAGGUACAUUAGGCCCGAGUCCUUCGGAUACCUGGAUCUGCUACAAAGUUUGAGGAGCGGCGAUUGUUCUUAAUUGUACAUUUUUCUUCUUUGGUACUGCCUAAGUGUGUUUUUUUUUACUCUUCCCCAAAAUUAUCAAGAGCUAAUGUUACAAACUAGGCAAAUAAAGCAGCUAUCUCCAAAUGCAGCUGUUUCUUCUUCUCUGUGUCGCUCUUUAAUUAAAAUGAAAUAAUUGGCUUAAAAUU